UAGUGAGUAUUUAAAUAUAUUGGACGUUAUUAACAUCAAACACGGAAUGCGACUGAUAUACAUUCAAUUAUUGAUACGAAAAAUUUGGAUCAGCUAAAAAAAACAGGAGUUAAUCAGUAAAAGAUCGUUUAAAUUUGCUUUAGUGUCAAUGGAGAUAAUUCUAUUUACCUUGAUUGCACUUCUAAGUGCAGCAGUUGUACACACCUACCAUGAGCCAGAAUGGGUGACAGCGCCAGUACAAAGUUUAUACAGUGAUAUGAUCAGAUACACCCUGUAUUUAGAGGAAAAAACAUGGAAUGAUGCUAAACUCAUCUGUGAAAGCGAUGAUGCUCAUCUUUUGUCAAUCACUUCACCAGAAAAAUUUGAAUUAAUAGAAGAAUUGAAACUUGACCAGUGGGGAGUGCUAGCAGAUAAAGACUUCUGGGCAGGAUUAUCACAACCAAAUGAAGGAUUGUUUCUCUGGGAGGACUGUACAGUAAUGACAUUUAGCAUGCUAAAGUCUGAGUCUUACAAUCCUAGUGAAUUGUGUUAUCGUGUAAAGAGAGGCCCAGUAGAGUGGGAAAGCAAAAAGUGUGAAGACAAGUUGAUCUUUGCGUGUGAAAAGAAAUUACUAGAGUUUCAUAAAGUGAAUGAACGAAUGGUACCGAUUCAACAUGUGUAA